AUGGGAGUAACAGUCCAAAACAUAACAGGAAGUACAGCAAGGGUAAUAUGGCCAAAAAUGGCCAGUUGUGCCGACAGCUUUUACAGUAUUAUGUAUCACCCCAACUGGAAUAAUGUGCUGUCAGGUUAUUCCCGAAAAAGUUUUCAGAAAGAAGAGCGAGUACCUGCUAGUCGGUCUUCAUUUGUCAUUGAAAACCUAACUCCACUAACUACAUACAUACUAUGUGUAACCUGUCAAUCUGCAAACCCAUCCAGUGACCAGUGCAAAAUUUUUCACACGCUAAAACAAGAUGCAGCAUCUGCCAGCAACAAAAAAAAAGAUCUGGCACUGGGCAUCUGGCUAACAAGCAGUAUUCUGCUUCUCAUCAUCGCUGGCAUCUUCCUCUAUGGCUGCCUACAUAUAUGGUGUCGCAAGAGACGAGCACGCUUAGAAGAACAAAACAGGAAUUCAGAACAAGAGAAAGGCAAAGUCUGGUUCAAAAACAAGUCUCACACCUCAGAGGAGUUCAACAGGGCCAGCCAACCACUCCAAGAGGACGAAAAUAUAAAUGCAGAUUUUGUCCAGCUGGCUAUAGUCAGUGAAAAUCCUUUAACUUCUAAGGAUAUGCUUAUCAUGCCAACUUCCACAAGCCAGGAAUUAGUGCCAACGUCUGUACAGACAACCACCAUACAUUAGACAUCCUUAAUUAGUGAAUACCACUGCAAAG